AUGUAGUAGGUGACAACAGAAUAUGUUAGAAGUUUAAAUGGAAUAACACAAGAUUUCUUGUGUCCUGUGAAUGCAAACAUUUACAAUAUCCAAUUUCUUAAAUUUAGAAUCAGAGAUAUGGAUUCAGGUUAAACUCUAUUUGAGGUUGAGCGUGAUUAAGAUGAGGAGCCCAUAGGUAAAAUAAUAAAUUAAACAUAAUAAGAAAACCUUCCACCAGAAUAUUAGGAUGAGGCUAGAAGAAUUAAAUACCACUUUGGUCCAUAAUUUUUUGAAUUGAAAACAGUGGGAGCACAAUUGAUCCUUCUCAGUCGGGAAUCAGCCAGUCAAGAAUUUCACAAUUAUUGA